UUUUCAUCUCUCUUCUUCACCAAAAACCCUACCAACCAACCAACCAACCAAUCAAUCAAAACCCAAAAUGGACGAUCAGAGGCGCUCGGUGGUGGUGGUUUGCCCAGAGAAUGAGGCCCUCGCAGUGUACAUGCGGAGCAAGAGGCAGGAAUUGGCCGAGAAGCCCAAAGGGAUCUCCGAGAACGUCGAUUUCACUCUCUCGAAGGCGUACUCCAACAUCUGCAACUCCACAACCCCAAUCAGAACCCUCAAAGACCUCUCUCAGAUCAAGGGUGUUGGAAAAUGGAUCCUGAGACUUAUGCAAGGGUUUUUUGAGACCGGUUCAGGCAGUUCUGAACCAGAAGACUUGACAAAAAAAGGUAACAAAAGGAAAGGAACCAAACACUAUGUACCGCAAAAGAAUUCUGUUGCAUAUGCCUUGUUGAUUGCCCUUCACAGGGGGACUGGAAAUGGGAAUGAAUUUAUGCGUAAGCAGGAGCUCAUUGAUGCAGCUGAAGCAAGUGGGCUUUCUCGGGUUCCAAUUGCGCCAGAAAAGGGAAAAGGAAAACCAGGACAAUAUGGUAGUUCUCCAAAGGAUUGGUAUAGUGGAUGGAAUUGUAUGAAGACAUUGAUAACCAAGGGAUUAGUUGUGAAGUCUAGUUGCCCUGCAAAGUACAUGCUAAGUGAAGAAGGUAAGGAAGUAGCACGCGAAUGUCUCAGGAGAUCUGGUUUGGGUGAUCCAGCAGAGAGCUUGGCUAAUGCAGAAGGCUUUCCUGAUAAGGUUGCGCACGGUACAGCAGCUAUGGAUUUUGCUCACCUUGGCAUGGGUAAAGAAAUGACGUCCACAUCAAUGGGUUUGAGUCGGCGGAAGAAAUCAAUUGAUGUUCCAUUUGAAUCACUUGAGAGGUUUAUGCGCAUGGGAUACUCUAAGGAACAAGUUCUUGCUGCUUUCACUGAAGUUUCAGAGAGUUCUCAGAAAAAAGAGAUCUCAUCACUUUGGCCAGCAGUUUUGUGUCGUCUUCAAGAGGAUCAAGUUUAUGGUUUGCAUUCUGAGUCCAAAAUUGUAAGAGAGGGUUGCCAUGCAACAUCAGAUUUUUACACCAAUCCAAAUGGUCAAGGAGAUGUUGGGAGCGAGAGUAGACUGACGGAUUAUUCUCAUGAUGGUGGGCAAAUGCCAGAGUUCUUUGCUCCUAGUACUGCACCAAACUCUUUCACCUUAAGAGCUUGCUCAGCAUUUGUAUGUGAUCAUCCUGUGCAAAAGUCAAGGAUAGAUGGCAUGGAAGCAAACACGAAUGUUUUAAGUGUGCCACCUUUGAGCUUUGGGGAGAAAUUUGAGGAUGCAUAUGAAGUGAUCUUGAUAUUGGAUGAUCGAGAGCAGUUUGCCACUCAUGGUUCGCGGUCGAGGAGAAUUAUUGAGAAUAUUUGUAGUCAAUUCAAAAUCAAAAUACAGGUUAGACGGUUGCCAGUUGGAGAUGCAAUCUGGAUAGCUCACCAUAAAUAUGUUGACAGUGAAUAUGUACUUGAUUUUAUCGUUGAGAGGAAGAAUGUUGAUGACUUACGCUUUUCCAUCAGGGAUAAUCGCUACAGGGAUCAAAAAUUGAGGCUCUUGAGAUGUGGACUUAAGAAGCUAAUAUAUCUCGUGGAGGGUGACCCAAAUUCUUGUGAAGCUGCUGAGAGCAUCAAAACAGCUUGUUUUACAACAGAGAUUUUGGAGGGAUUUGAUGUGCAGAGAACAAGUGGUUUGGCUGAUACUCUGAAGAAGUAUGGUUAUCUCACCCAAGCAAUAUCUCAAUACUAUAAAGCAGUGUUGGCUGAGGACCGCUCGAAAGGCACUGGAGUGUGUCCUCCUUUUGAUGAAUUUGUCAAAAUGUGCCAAGACCUUGAUAAAAUGACAGUCAGCGAUGUAUUUGCCAUUCAGCUUAUGCAGGUCCCACAGGUUACAGAGGAGGCUGCAAUUGCUGUUUUGGAUUUGUACCCAACACUUCUAUCUCUUGCCCAUGCCUACUCUCUUCUUGAGGGAGACACAAGUGUGCAAGAGGAGAUGCUGAGGAGGCAGAGUAAAGAUGUGAUCAAUUCAGUUGCUAGUAGGAAUAUAUUUCACUUCGUUUGGGGCAACUGAGUAUUGUAAAUUCAUGAAAGCUAAAGCAAUAUGCUUCAUUGGUUGCACUGGACCUUCACAUUCUGCAAUGUAAAUGAGAUGGACAGUUUGUGUAUGUAUUGUUACUAAUGCUCCGUUUGUUUGGGUGUAAAAUGGUUCCCGUCGUAAAAUAGUU